AUGGCCGCCCGCCUGCACCAUUUCCUCCUCCUCGCCGCGCUCCUCCUGUUGAUCGGACGCGGCGCCCCCUCCUCAGCUGGCGCGGCAGGGAACGGGAAGGUGCCCGUGGAGCUUUACUACGAGUCCCUGUGCCCCAGCUCAGCGCAGUUCGUGACGGACCGCCUCGCCGAAGCCUUGGAGGACGGCCUCCUGGAGGCCGCGGACGUGACUCUCGUCCCCUACGGCAACGCCAAGGUCGGCAAGGGCGGCACAAUCACAUGUGAGCAUGGCCCCGAGGAAUGCCUUCUCAACACGGUGGAGGCUUGCGCCAUCGACGCCUGGCCGGACGUGGUAAUUCAUUUGCAUCUCAUCGUCGUCUCUCCUCACGGUUGCAUUGCUAACCAGAGUGUUACGUUGUUUGCUCCACUCCAGCUUUCACUCAAGUACGGGAAACAAACUGGUGCGCUUGUGCCUCCGCUCAACGGCGUCCCACAUGUGGUGGUAGAUGGCAAGCCACGCGAGGACCGGGAAUUCGUAUCUUACGUCUGCAAGGCAUACAAGGGACGUCCUCCCAAGAUUUGCCAUGAGCCGGACCGUCACUGUCCGACCGUGGUGGAGGCAGGCAACGGUGUCAGCUACAACCCCGCCGAUUUCAAGCUCGAAGACGGCGUUGAGGUGCCGCGGACUGAUGACAACUGAUAAAUUAUUAUGUUUGCCUUUCGGGGCUUAUAUAUUUACGUCGAUAUACGUGAACAUAGGGCAGUUUCACUGUUCUGUUCAGGUUACUUAUGGAGAUGUGUAUCACCCGAUAAUAAAGUGAGCUAUGGUGAUGUAAAUCUCUGAUCAAGUUUUUUUUUUAGAUUAAAUUUCUGUU